GCUGUGGAAGCUGCACAGGGACAAGGACGAGGAGCCCAGGAAGGUGGAGGAGGCAGAGGAGGCUGUUUGUCGUAAUCAAAGCAGCGCACCAGUGUCGUUCAAAUGGUGGCUGAGGUCAUUUGAGAAAUGCAAAGGAGAGACUGGAAGCAUCAGAAUUGUGUCUCCGUGGGGUUAGAAGCAGCUGAAGAGCCGAACGACUGAGAUGGAGGAUCCUGGUGGUACUGGAGCAGAGACUGCGGCUCCAUCGCCUGCAGCCAAGUCCAAGCUGGAUACGCUGUCCAAAGAUGACCUCAUCAAAUUUUGCAAGAAGCAGAUGGCUGCCAUGCAGAAGAUGAAGAGCAGAUGUGCAGACUUGGAAAAAGAAAUUGAAUCCUUCAAACAGUCUGGAGGCACUAAGAGCAGUCCAGAUGACACCUCGCUCAUACAGGAGUUGACUGAGCGCAUGGAUGCCUUACUGCUGCAGAAGGCAGAAAUUCAGCAAAGUCUUGUAAUGACCUCUAAAAACCUAGAGAAGACUAAACAGCAAGCCAAGGAUGAUGUAGCCAAGAUACAAGGGGAGCUUUCCCAGGUGCUAGAAGACCACAAGAAGAAAAUCACUGCUCUGGAGAGCAGCUUAAAUGAGUCUAACACCAAACACCGGGAGGAGGUCGCUUAUUUUCAGAAUUUGCUGAAAGAACGAGAAGAAGAAGACAGGGCAAGAGAGAGUGAGAGGGAGAGGCAGCGUCAGGCUGAACACGCCAGUGUCACAGAGAGGGUCGAUGAAGUGCGCCAGAAUUUUGUAGUUCAGCUGGAAAACCUUAGAGCUGAACUUGAAGAAAACAUGGAGAGAAAUAAACAGGAGAUUGCCGAGCUACAGGAGGGCCACCAGAAGGAGUUGACCAAGUCCCAGCAGGAGGUGGAGAACCUGAGAGAGGAGCUCGCUCAGAAAAGUCUGCAGCAUGACGAGGAAAUGAGGGCCCUGGAAGAAGACUUUGAAAUAGAGAGGGACCGACUGCUGUUGCUCCAUGAGGAGCUGACGGAGCAGCUCGCCCUAAAAGACAGCUUUUUGCAAGACGUCCAAGAAGAAGAGGAGGAACCCACCCACGGAUCUGGGAUCGCCAAAAUGCUGGCACUCUCCAGAAUGAAUCAGGUUGACUUGAGCACAGUGGAUGGCGAUGAUACGGACGGUGUCAGAAUGACGGCAGCUCUGGAAGACCUUCAGUCCAAGAACACCAUGUUACAGGACGAGCUCACUCUGCUCAGCAAUGUGAAGACGGAGAUGGAAGCUGAGCUGGAGAGAAUCAAGGAGGAGUUCCAGGUGGAAAGAGAAGAGUUAGAGUUCAAAAUCAACGAAAUGCAGAUGAGCAAGGAAAAUUCCACCAUCGACCCCGACAUGACAACUGAGUCUGAGAAACAAGAAGUUCAGGUAGACUCUGAAGGGUGCGUCGAGACUCCAGAUGAGCACCAAUUGAAAACCGAUGGGUUGAGUGACCUCUGUGAGACCUUGAGAGGCGACAGAGAUGCUGCACUGAAAGAAUGUCAGAGCCUGAAGGACAAACUUGAAAUUGUGGAGAGAGAACUGGGUGAAAAGACUCGUCAGUAUGAAACCAUGAAAGAACAGGAAGCAGAUACUUUACAACAACUCCAAGACAAGGUGGAACAGCUCACUCAAGAGAGAGAGACAUUGCUAACGUCGGUUAAAGAGGUCACGGAGGAGAACAGCACUCUGAUGGAGAGCUUGGCAAAACAAAAGCAGGAGCUGGAAGUUUCUGCAGGUGAAGACCAGAAACUCCAUGACCAGAGAAGUGCCGCCAUGGAGGAGCUGACCAGGCAAAAUGAGGAGCUCAUGGCCCAAAUGCAGGUGAAUGAAACAAUUACCCAAGACCUCAAGGAAGAGUUGAAGUCCCUGACAGAAGAGCAUGAAAAAAUGCAAUCUCUGCUCCGUACGUUAGAGGAAGAAAAGCAAAAAGUUAACGAACAGAAGGCCAAAGAUUUUGAGAUUCUACUUGAAGAGAAAGAGAAUGAGUUUAAAGCUCUGAAAGAAGCACAGGACAAUAAGGUCAAACAAUUCAGUGAAGAGAAAGAAAAGAUAGAACUGAGCCUUAAAGAAGAGAUUGAAAAAGAGAGAGAGAGAUUCUUUACUCUAGAACUAAGCCUUAAAGGAGAGCGGGAUAAAGUUUCUGCUUUGGAAAUGACCAUCAAAGAGCUUGACUCAGAAAAAACAGAACUGCACCAGAAACUGGAAGAGGCCUCAUCAGGUUUUGCCAAGGCCCAGGAGGAAAGCGAACUUCUGGGCUCCAAGCUGUCGGCCCUGGAGGCUGAGCUGGAACAGGAGACGUCAGAAAAAUGUCAUCUAGAGGUAAGGUUGAAGGCGGUGACAGAGGAGGCGGAGCAGAGCCGCACCUCUGUCAGAGAACUGGAAGAAAGAAUGACUGAGGUUCUCAGACAGUCCACGGAGGAUGCAGAGGAGCUCAGAGCACGUGGGGAUCAAAGACAAGACGACGAAAUGCAACAGCUCAGCGAUCCGAGUGCAAGCGAAUUCCAAACGCUGCUGGAGGAGAAAGCGAAGGAGUUGAUAGCUUUGAAAGAAGAAAAAGAGACUGAAGUUCAACAGUUGAAUGAGGAGAGGCGAAAGACAGAACUAAGAUUAGAAGAAGAGAUGGAAAAGGGGAAGGAGACAGUGUCCGCUCUGGAGACGGCGAUCAAAGAGCUUCACGUGGAAAAAAAUGCUUUACAUCAGAACCUGGAAGAGGCAUCAUCUGCACUUGUUAAGGCCCAGGAAGAGAGAGAUCUUCUCGGCUCCAAACUGUCUGCCCUGGAGGCUCAGCUGGAAGAAGAAAAGCGUCACCUGGAGGAGAAGCUAAAGGUAAUGACGGAGGAAGCAGAACAGGCCCAGGCCUCAGUUAGGGAACAGGAGGAAAAACUGAAGGAAGUCCUCCGAAACUCCACUGAGGAGGCAGAGGAGCUCCGUGCACGUGUAGAAGAGCUGGGAGAGGAGAAGGAUCUUCUGAAGACGACUCUUCAGCACGUUCAGCAGCAAGCAGAGGCCACAGCAGCGAGCCAUCAGGAUGAGCUCCAGGCCCACAUCCAAGACCUGGAAAAGGAGAGGAUGAUGUUGAAAAGCACCAUGGAGGAGAUGAUGAAGGACAACGAAGGGCUGCAAAGAGACCUCCUGGAUAUGAAAGCCGUCUGUGAAAAAAUCAGUGAAGAAAACCACACACUGCAGGCUCAGAUAAACCUGAUGGCCGAAGGCAAACCAGAAGAGGAGGCUGAGGUGAAAGAGGAGGAAAAAACGCAAUACGUGGAGCAGCUGACAGAGAAAGACUCGCUCAUAUCCAAGCUGAGGAGUGAGAUGGCUGCUCUUCAGGAGUCAGCUGACCAGUCUGCAUCUUCUGAGGAAAAGGCCGGUGAUGAGAUCACAAAGAAAAUAGAGCUUCUGCAGAAAGACAACAAAGACAAAGAAGAGAGGUUCAACAAAGUUAAAGCUGUGGCUGUGAAAGCUAAGAAGGAACUGGACCUUAGCAAAAAAGAGGUUGCAAACCUCAAAGAGGAAAUAGAAUCACUGAAAGCUGAGAGGGAGAGAAGGAACAGCUCCAUGAAAGACAUCAUCCACGGUGCUGAGGGCUACAAGAACCUGCAGAUAGAUUACGACAAGCAAACUGAGCAACUGGAUAAAGAGAAAGAGAGGGCGGAGGCGGCUGAGAGACAGAUUACUGAGCUGACCAAACGACUCAGCAGUGCUGUCACACAGACUGAAACCCUGACCAGUGAGAAAGAGGACCUUAUGGCCGGUUUGGAGACCAUGAGGAACACUGUGAGGCAGCUGGAAGGCCAAAACCAGGAUCUGCAAAAACAGUCGGCCAGUCUGGACAAAGACUUGCUGACUGAGAGAGCAAUGAAGGAACAGAAGAUGAAGGACUUGUCGUCUGCUGUCAAGGAGGUAGAAGAGCUGACAGCUCAGCUCCAGAAGCAGCAGCAGCAGUCUCAGCAGACUGCUCAGGAGCUGGAGCAGCUACGCAAGGAGGCGCAGCAGAACUCCCUGCUGGACAUGGAGAUGGCAGACUACGAGCGUCUGGUCAAAGAGCUUAACGCCAAAAUCUCGGAGAAGGAUGAACUCGCUGAGGAGCUGAAAUCCCAGAUAGACACACUCUCCCAAAAGGAGGACAAACUCAGGAAGGAAAAUGAGUCUUUGAAGUCACAGAUAGACCAGGAGGAGGAGAAAACCUCCAAGAUGAAACAGUUGUUGGUGAAAACCAAGAAGGACUUGGCCUUCUCCAAGAAACAGGAAAGUUCCCUCAUGAUGCGGCAGGCCUUUUUACAAGGAGAACUAGAAGCCAACCAGCAGCUGCUGGAAAGUUCCAAGAUUGAGAUGUCAGAGCUGACGGCGGAUCGUCAUCGACUGCAGGAGCAGCUGAGGUCCGCCUUGGAACAACAACAGAGAACCAACGUCCUCCUACAACAGCGCAUCAGCAGCCUGCAGACAGAGAGAGACAACGCUAAGGCUGAGCUUGUGGCGACAACUAGUGAGUUUGAGAGUUACAAAGUGAGAGUUCAUAAUGUGCUCAAACAGCAGAAAACCAAAACCACAGCUCAGGGUGAAGGAGAUGGUGGGAAACAAGACAGGGAGCAGUGGUCCUCUCAGGUGGCCCAGCUGAAGACCAGGCUGACAGACAGCCAGCAGAACCUCCAGAGCUGCACAGCUGAGCUGCAGCAGCUUCAAAUUGAACAUGACACUCUCCUGGAGAGACACAACAAAAUCUUGCAGGAGAAUAUUGGAAAGGAGGCUGAACUGCGUGAGAGGCUCCUGUCCGUGCAGUCAGAAAAUGUCACCCUGCGGUCGGACUUGUCCCAGACUCAGGCUGACCAGUUGUCUCAGAUUGAGGCCCAGCGCCAGGCUUAUAGAGAACAGAUGAGGAAGGUGCAGGAUGACCACAGAACAAUCGUGGAGACCCUGCAGAGCCAGCUGACCCGCGUUGAGGAGCAACUGUAUGCCCUGCAGAGCCAGAACAGUCCAGUGUCGAUGCACGCUAAUCGAAAGCCUUUGGGAUUAGAUAUUCAACGCAGAAAUGGAGACCAGAUCCAGGCAGGACUGGGGAUGAUGUCACUGAGCGACGUUCAGUCUAUGGCCAGAGAAGAAGGAGAGGGAAUGGAGAUGAUUGAAAGUGAAAGUCCCUCUCCUGCACUUACACCCCUUCCUUCUCUGGAGCAGCUGCUCACGUCGCCAGAUCCCAAACAAGAGCCAUUUGUGUGGACGGUGGAGCCGACCAAAGAGGAGCUCAAUCAGAAGCUGAGCACAGCAACACGCAGCAUGGAGCACAUGAACAGCCUGCUGCACGAAACAGAGGCCACCAAUGCUGUUCUCAUGGAGCAGAUCACUUUGCUGAAGAGUGAAGUGCGCCGGCUUGAGCGAAACCAGGAGAGGGAAAAGAGUGUUGCCAACCUGGAGUAUCUGAAGAAUGUCCUGCUGCAGUUCAUAUUCCUGAGAUCUGGCAGCGAGAGGCAGGCGCUUCUUCCCGUUAUUCACACCAUGCUGCAGCUCAGUCCAGAGGAAAAAAGCAAACUUUCAGCGAUUGCACAAGGUGCAGAAGAAGGGCCUGCAUCACGGGGCACAGGCUGGUCCUCAUAUCUCCACAGCUGGUCUGGGAUCAGAUAGGCCUCAUAUUCAUACGUUUAACACAAACAUUGGGAGCAUGAUGCUCAGACCUAACUGAGAUUAAUCUGUGAAAAUGGCACCGGGCAGUGAUACUGUGCAUUCUUGACAUUUUCAGUGGCUGGGACUUUAUCUGGGCGUUUAUUCGCUGUUUGAGUUGAGGACCAAUGAAUGUAGAAGACAAGAAUGAAGGUGAAGGGUAGAGUCAAUACCAAAACAUUUUAUGUGAACAUUAAAAUGAACUGCGCAGUGGGUAAAUUAGUCUGUUGUUGUCAAUGAACUUUAACUGUGAGAUUGUCCUGUCUUCCUGGUUAAAGACCUCUGAAAUUAAAUUGUAUUUAUUAACAUUAAUAUUAAGGAGACGACUAUACUUCCUUUAAGGAAAGCCAUAUUUUGGUUUGGUUUUUUUUUCACCUCUGGAUGAGUAUUUUGAAUGAUCUGGGGCAGGUAUGAUGUAGUCGGGGUAACAUUGCAUAUUUUAGUAGCGGCGAUGUGUGCAGUUAUUAACUUAAUUUGGAGGUAAUCUUGUGAGUUAUGUGAUUCUAUCAGUUUUUAUGGGCUUAUACAGGCGUCCACUGUAAGCGUAAGGAGCUUUACUAGUGUUUAAGCUAAUGAAGACAAAUAAAUACAUGCUUUACUUUUUCAUAUGUCACUGACUGGUUGACUGGCAAAGACUUCUGAAUGUGAAGACCAAUACCUUACUCCCUAAUGAACCACCCGUCCUAUUCACUUAAAUUUAUAAUUUAUUCACCUAAAAAGCAAAAAACAUCAGGUUUAUGUCGGCAACAUAUCCAGUGGAGAAAUGUCAUAUUGUUAUUGUUCUGACUAAAUGCAGUUAUUUAACAUUUUUCCAUAUUUGUGAUUUUGUGUAGCCAUCAAUUGUUCAGAAUUUUAUUUUCUGUGUAAUCUGCUGUUGGUGGGUUUUGUCUUGAGUGCAUAAUUAAUCCAGUAUUUUUUUUGUUAUUUCCAAUCUCAGUCAUUAGCUUUUCAACCUCUGAAACACGGUAGAUUUAUUGCAUCUUCACCAACAGACAAGAGCUCGUCAUUCUCUACGUGACGUCAUCCCCUCUAAAGUGUCCUUGAGUGAGACAACAGACAUCUGUGUUGUUUAGUGUCCCAUCAAGACCUCUGACCUCUCUGUUGAGACCCUUCCUCCCUUUCUUAUAUAUGUGCACACGUCUCCAAACUGGCUUCUACCUAAAUUCAUUCCUCUGGCAGCCAUUUUUGUUGGUUUCUUUAUAUUUAUACUACAUGGUGCCUGCAGAAACUAUGAAGAAAAACAUGUCGAUAAAAUAUUUACUGUAUUAAAGAGUGAUUCAGAAUCUUUUCUGUUUUAACUAUCCUAAAGACAGGGCUCAGGUUUCUGUUUAAUCCAUAAUUUUACAUAAAUAUGGGUGAAGUUAAUUUUAAAGAUUUAUUUACAUUAUUAUGUAACUCAAGAAUAAAGACACGCUUUUGCUCAGAUUUUUUUUUAUACUGAUUUUGUUGCACACAUUACUUGUUUUUUUUCCAACCACACAAAAGGUAUUUAGAUUGUCUGUAGUGUCUUAAUGUAAAAAUACUGAAUACUGAGAAGCCCCCCUUCUGAUGUAAAUUAAACUUGGUUCUGAAGUAACCAGAACCAAGUUUAUUUUUUCUAACAAGGAAUGAAAAACUUUAAGAAUUAAGCAAUUGUUAUUAUUUUUGAUGGAUAUUUGUAGAUUCAUUUAUAGGGGUUUUGUUAUUCAUUGGAUUAUGGCAGCGGUUCUCAAACUAUGGUGUGCAUACCACCAGUUGUUCUUGGACUCCCUCUAGUGGUACGCAGGGGGACAUGAUUCCAUUUGCUGUGGUUGAUAAAUAGACAUAUUGUCUAAUUAGGGAUACAUCAUGUUGUCCUAUCAAAAGUUGUACAUAGAUGAAUAAUGUAGUAUUGCUCAUACUGAUUGUACUUGGUAUUUUAGGAGGUUGUACAUAGUUUAAAAAAAUUGUACACCACAUUGUCUUUCCUUUAAUUCUAGUGUUUUCAUCUCUUAGCCUCUGUCCCUCUCUAUUUUUUAAUUUUUUUUUCCCUAUGAAUUGGUCUCGUAACUAUGGAAGUCCUCCCUCCUGCAGGAGCAGGCAGGCUGUGAAGGCUUUUUUCCAUUUAAGGCAGUAAAUGUGGUUUUCUGCCACCGUGACGUUUCCAGGGCAGGAAACAACAAUUAAUAGCUGACAAAUGUCCAACUGCUGAUAAAAGUAAACACGUUAUUGCGACUCCAGCUUCCUGCCGCAACACGUUAAAUCUC